ACUCCUAGAAGCAAAGGCCUGGCUGAGCCGCCACGGGUCGUGGCAGCCGCGCGCUGAGCUCGGCGACCGAGCUCGACUGAAAAGGUGCCUCUGCCAGAGCGCUGGGCUGCGGGUGCGCGGCGACUCCGAGAGCUGAGCGGCCCCGGGAGCGCGAGGUUCCGCAGGGACCAGGACGUCCCCUGGACCACUCUGCGGGUCUCCGGGAGCCGGAGGUUCUGCCUCUGCUUGCCCUCCAGCUGCAGCCGCCUGACGAUGGAGUCCCCGGUCCAGAUCUUACGCGGGGAGCCGGGUCCCACCUGCUCCCAGAGCACCUGCCUGCUCCCGAACGGCAGCGGCUGGCUGCCGGGCUGGGCCGAGACUGACGGCAACAGCAGCGGGGGAUCCGAGGGCGCUCCGCUGGAGUCCGCGCACAUCUCUCCCGCCAUCCCUGUCAUCAUCACGGCUGUCUACUCCGUGGUGUUUGUCGUGGGCUUGGUGGGCAACUCUCUGGUCAUGUUCGUGAUCAUCCGAUACACAAAGAUGAAGACAGCAACCAACAUUUAUAUAUUUAACCUGGCGUUGGCAGAUGCUUUAGUUACUACAACCAUGCCCUUCCAGAGCACGGUCUAUCUGAUGAAUUCCUGGCCAUUUGGGGAUGUGCUGUGCAAGAUAGUAAUUUCUAUUGACUACUAUAACAUGUUUACCAGCAUAUUUACCUUGACCAUGAUGAGUGUGGACCGAUACAUUGCUGUGUGCCACCCUGUCAAGGCUUUAGACUUUCGCACACCUAUGAAGGCAAAGAUCAUCAACAUCUGUAUUUGGCUCUUAUCAUCAUCUGUUGGCAUAUCUGCGAUAGUCCUUGGAGGGACCAAAGUCAGGGAAGACGUGGAUGUCAUAGAGUGCUCCUUGCAGUUCCCAGAUGAUGAUUACUCCUGGUGGGACCUCUUCAUGAAGAUCUGUGUCUUCGUCUUUGCCUUUGUGAUCCCUGUCCUCAUCAUCAUCAUCUGCUACACUCUGAUGAUCCUGCGCUUGAAGAGUGUCCGACUCCUUUCUGGCUCCCGAGAGAAAGAUCGCAACCUCCGUCGGAUCACCAGGCUGGUCCUGGUAGUGGUGGCAGUCUUUAUCAUCUGUUGGACCCCCAUUCACAUUUUCAUCCUUGUGGAGGCUCUGGGGAAUGCCUCUCACAGCACAGCUGCCCUUUCCAGCUAUUACUUCUGCAUUGCUUUGGGUUACACCAACAGCAGCCUGAACCCCAUUCUCUACGCCUUUCUUGAUGAAAACUUCAAGCGGUGUUUCAGAGACUUCUGCUUUCCAAUUAAGAUGAGGAUGGAGCGACAGAGUACUAGUAGGGUCAGAAAUACAGUUCAGGAUCCUGCUUAUGGGAGGGAUGUUGAUGGGAUAAAUAAACCAGUAUGACUAGUCAUGGAGAUGUCUUCUUAUAGUUCUUCGGGAAGAGAAGAGUUUAAUGAUCUCGGAUUAACUCAGAUUAGUACUGAAGUCUGAGAUGGAAGGUAGAAUUUUUAACAAACUUCUAGAAAUCUCAUGGUCUGAAAUUGUAAGAUGCAGGCUGCGUUAGCCACCCAGGUCAGUGGAAGCCUCGAGGCUGUAGGGAUGGAGUAUAAAAGAUUCAAGUAAGCAAAUACAGCCCCUUUAUAAGGCAGGGAAGCAAGGCUGACUCCCAGUUCCUUUGAUGAACAAAGAAAUAAGCCUUUUUCUUCUGGUUACCUAGAUUUAGUCCAGGACCCAUCUGCUGUGGCCUUUCCAUGCAAUGUGGUUCCAAAAUCUCUGUUUAAAAAAAAGGACAAGGAAAAAUUCUUGGUUUCAGAGGAUAGUAGGUGUCCAAUCCAGAUGCUUUACAUUGACAGCAACAAUCUGAAUAAAAACAAGAACCAUUUCCAGGGCAUGUGCCCAGCUCACUUUAUGCUACAUGGAUACACAUUUCCUGUGGCCGUAUAGUGACGAUUCUGACUUAAGUAUGGCUUGGACCCACACCUGAGGUAUCUGAUGUUCAUGUAUAAUAGGAAAUUAUCUUGAUAUUUAUGAAGUUACUUAAACAUGCCAAAGGUGAUUUCCAACAUAGUUUAAUUUCUUAAAAGACACAGUUUGUUUCACAGCAUGCUAUUCAGAUAAAUAAUUUCAUGAUAAAUCAUGUCCUGAUGUCAGAAAUAUAAAGUGGUUUAAAUAUCACUGAAAGUAUAUAUAUUUCAUCUGUAAAUAAUAGUAUACGUGUAAAUAAGGACCGGGCUUGCCUUCCAGUCAGGCACUUUCCCGAGGACACACUAACAAUAUUGCCUGAGUUAUUGACGGUUGAUGCGGAGACAUUUUGUGGCAACAUGAAUUUCUUUCUGGGAAUCAGUCAGACGCAGUCUCUUUCAGACCCCUGAGCACCAUUUAGGCCUUCAGUGGUGCUCUUAAAUCAUGUGUUAAACAACCACAAAAUAUUCACUCAUUCCCAGGUUAUUGACUUGGCAGAAUCUAAUUUAUAUGCAGCAUCUCUUCAUGAACAUAUAGCUGUUACCAAAUUUUCUAUCUGUGGAGGGAGGGCGUUUUGCUCAUGUUAAUCUUGGGCUAGGAUUUUGUGGCUUUUGGCAGGAAGUAGAAAUGUUCCUAAUUGUGGGCUGAACAAGGACAUUAUGUCACCCGUGGUGCUUGGACAUACCUUGCGCUGUGUUCUGUGAAGAGCAUACUAGCUGAGGAUCAUGCCACGAGUAGCACAUUUAGGAUAAUUUUGCUAAAACUUCCAGAUGAUAUAUUAAUUCCCUCAUCUUUCCUCUGAAACUUAUGAUUUCAGAGGUAAUGGCUUUUUCUGUAAUUUGCCUGGCAGAAGAAAGGGAUAAUUUAGAAAUAACCCCUGUCUCUUCUCUUCUUUAAGCCUAUAUGUUAUCAAGGCAGCACCCCCUGGAAUUUAAUGGGAAAAUCAAAUUUAUAGACCUACAUGCUCAUAGACAUCAUUACAUCUCUAAUUUCUGUUCACUGUGUACUUUCUGUCUUGUGUAUAUACUCGUUCCUUUUGGAAACAAACCUUGCAUUGAAAGCUUUAUAUGUGGCUUCAGAAUUUUACUAUGAUGAUGUUUGUCUACAUUCCAGAUUUUCAUGGCAUCUAACAUGACUUAAGGCAGAAAGGCAAAGUUCUUCUGAAUGAACCCAAAGUGCUCUUUUGAGCAUUUCUAAAAUUUCAGUGAUUUUCUUUGGUGUCCUUGUAUUCUUAUAACUAAAUGUAAAUAGGAAUAGCUUAAAUAUUGGUUGGCAUUCAUCCCUUGGUUAAAAAUCUUGGCUACCAUAUAGAAGGGAUAUUUAUACAGAGAGUAACUUCAGGAACAAGCCCUACUGAUGUGAGAAAUAUACAAAUCUCUUUAUGGAACAGUAAGACCCAGGAGAUUUUCUUGAAGGAUUCUUAUGCAGUGCACAAAUAUACAAUUACAGAAUAAAAUUAUAGUAAUUAUAGUAAUGGGUUCUCUUUCACUUAGCACCCCAUGUACCCUUAUGGCAUCUGUUGCCAUUAUUGGAGUCUGAACUUUAGCCAGAUUAUCCUGCAUGUCUUUUUAUCUAAGUUUGCAGCCCAUGGAGAGAGAGAAAUAGCUGAGUGCCCAUGAGAGAUAUUCUAAGUUCUCUAUUAUUGUGGACACCAAUUUCCCCAAACUGGAGGAAGAGGGAGUGGCUUUGUCAUUUUAGGGCACUGCUUUUAGGAAUGAAAAAGUGAGUCAUAUAUGUUAGAGAAAAUACCACUUACACAAAAGUAUUCAUUUGUCAAAAGUAUGUAUGUGUACACACGUGUGCAUGCAUGUGCGAGUAAGUGAGUGUGUGUCUGUGUGUGCAUGUGUGUGUGCUCAUGCGGGCAUGCACAUGUGAAAGUGUGAAUAUAUGUCUUUCUGUGUGUGAAUUGUGGGUGUGCAUGCCUGCGUGUGUGUGUGUGAAUAUAUGUGUGUGAUUGUUUAUGUAUGCACGUGUGAGUAUACAUGUUUGUGCAUGUUAGUUUGCAUGAGUAUAUGUGUGUGCAUGCAUGUGUGAGUAAAUGUGUUUACAUGUGUGUGAUUGUGUGUGCACAUGCAUACAUGUGUGUAUGAGAUGAUGUAUGUUUGUGUCCCAUGUCUUGAUAUUCCUCCUCUCUCAUCACAGCAAGGAGGGCACACAGUUUGCUGUGUCUCUUUGAGACCAGAACUGUGUGUAUUGAACCUCAAGAUCAACUCUACAUAUAUUCCAUCCUCCCACCCUGGUGACUUCUGGAAGAUAAGAUCUAGUGAGGGAUCAUAAAAAGAUACAGAGAAAUGAAACAGCCAUGCAGGAGGCAGCAAUGAGGGUGAAAACCCAUAAUUCUAACUGGGAGGAGACUGGCAUUAGUGUCUCAGAAAUACUCUUAAGAAUCUAAAGUCAUCCCCUAUGCAAAGAGCUUAAGUCAAAACUCAAAGCAUAAUGCUACAAAAGAAACACAGUUUAGAAAGUUAGUUUUGAAAAAAUCAAGGAAUAUUUACAUAAAUCUUAAGAAAGUGGUUCCAUUCUAUGAUGUAUUACUGAGAAAUACAAGUUCUUAAAUCUGUAGAACCAUUAUUGGACAAUUUAUAGAUGUUUUGUCUAGUAUUGGGAUGUAAUAAGAUGAAUAACUAGAGUAAGAGGAAUACAUUUUAUUGGUAUUCCUUAUUGGCUGGCUUUAAAUUAGACCUUUUUAAGGAAAAAACUAUGACAAGCCUGUAGGUCCAUCCAAUGAGAUUUAUUUUCUAAAUAAGAACUGUUUGGAAGAUUCAGGAUAAAUAUGAAAAUCCCAUCCCAAAAGGACAUAAACCUGUUUGCCCUGAGGCAGUUUUCUUCUCUGAAACAAAAGUAUACUCAUAUAUUCUUUAUUGUAUAUACUUAUAUCUUGUACUUUUGGAAGGUGAUAAUUAUGCAUUGUAUAUAAGAUUGUCUGUCUUGCAAUAAAAUAAAAAUUGCACCUGCUCAAAACACAGCAGUCAAUUACUGUGGUAAA